UUCAUGGUCAAAUUGACCUUUAGACUGAAAAUUGUUUCUGAAUAGAUCAAUAACAAGAAAAUUAGUCAGGUCAGGAUGAUUGCCUGUGCUCAGUAGAUAAUACAAAUAUUUUUUGGGAUCAGCAGGUUAAAGGUGACCAUGAAACUGAAAACAGUUUGAAAUUAAGAACCACGGAAUGCUUUGGCUUACAGUAGUCAAAAUUCAUGAGAUGAUUGUGUAUGGUCAGCAGAUUAACUAUAUUUGUUUUUGGAGUCAGUAGGUCAGGGGUUUUUGUUUACCAAGAGGAGAAGGGGCACAGGCUUGUGAUUUGGGGGAAAAAUAGCUCGGUAUUUGGGCAAGGAGGAAUAAAAAAACCUGAUGUAAAGUCAAUUUUUGGUGAAAACUGCAUGAUUUAAAAGAAAUUUUCUGAGGGGAAGGGGCCUGUUAAUGGUCCCUUUUAUAGAAGGGAGAGAAAAAACCCUGAUGGUCAAGCCUCAAAGUCCAUUUGACUUUGAAGGAAAAUGGCUUCCGAUCAAUUACUUGAGAAUGUUUGCGCCUACAAUAAUCAAACUUUAUAUAUAUUAUAUAUUAUACCAGAUUUAUAUAGCGCCCUUUUCAUGAUAAACACAUUCAAAGGCGCUUUACAGCAACUGCAGCCACACAGGGCGCGAAAUCAUCCUCUACUAGUACAGACACAGAGCGAUCUGACCAGAGGGACAGAGUGAGACAAAGCCCCCACAGAGAGAUCAGAGAUCAGAUACAGGCUUGUCCGGCUAACUUAGCCUAGCUCGUUGCGAAUAGACAGCCUGGUUCUUUAACGUGCCCAGUGUAUAGCACUGAUACACGCAAGGAUUGCCUGGGUUCCUGACCAGUACACCUCUAGCUGGGUGGGAAACACUGAAAAGCGUUUCUGAAAAUUCCCGAGUAGCUGCCGGGGAUUAUAGGAUGAUUGCCUAUAAUUAGUAGAUGAUCCCUUUAUCUAGGGUCAGUAGGUCAAAAGGCAAGUCACAAUGACCUAGAGCCUGAAAACAUCUGAUCAGUAACUGGAGAAUAUUUGUGCCUACAAUAAUCAAUUUUCAAAGGAUGUGGUCACUAGGUGAUGAUCCCUUUUGCUUUUGGGAUAAGUAGGUCAAAGGUCAAGGUCACAGUGUGACUAAAUAUUGUUUUGACAAUAUUGGUCAUGAUGCCAUUAGGUCAGAGGUUAAUGUCAGAACACACUGGACACAAAAAACUACAUACGUAAUUACUUCAAACAGGCCAUCAACAGGUCAUCAUGGGAAUCAUGUGUUUUGCAGACAGCCAGUGUAUGUUUUUUUUUCUUUCAGAAUGUACAUGUGACUGUGUAGGCUACAAAUCAGACUGCAUAAACGAGACAUGUACAUGUCCCAGUGAUUACAGUGUACAUGAUAAUGGCAGAGAUUGCAAGCAGGACUCGUGUAAUAUCACAGACUGUUUGGAAUGUGAAACAGGCACAUUAUGUUUGAAGUGUGUACAUUAUUUAGCAGAGGGACGAAAGCAAUGUCUGUCAGAGUGCCACUCACAUACAACAUAUGACGAAAAUGAUAAUGGACCUAUAUGUAUACCAGAUAUACAGGGCUGUACAACAGUGAGAGUGGGUGGUGAAGAUGAAGGAUUAAGUACUGAUGUAGUGAUUGGUAUUAUAGCUGGGGUAUCAGCUGCGUUGUUGCUGUGUAUAAUUGUGCUCGUCAUAUUGUGUAUCUACUAUCGCAGAACAAGACGUAAGGUCGACCUCAAUCAGACAAAUUAUGCUGCAGGCAACAUGCAGACAGGGAAUGUGAAAAAAGUCCCUAUGUAUGAUAACCAGGGUUUUGAUGUUGAUAAUGAAGCAUCACUUGUACACAAUGUGAUAGACCGUAAUGUUUACCUACGAGAGUUAGAGAGGUUAAGACCUCAUGCUCAAACUUUGCUUACUAUGCUCAAUGAAAUACGACACAAGCUCAGGGCCAUGGAUAACUCAGAUCCCAGGGUUCCCACAUACAAAGGUGUAAUCCAUCAGUUAUGUAGAGUUCUGGUGCUGAUACACAAGAAGGACCCUGGGGCUAGUAUACCAUCAGAUGCCCUGGGGCUUAUGGAGUGGGCACAUCAGAUGAUAGAAGAUAAACAAUUAGAUGUUGAGCCUGCUGAAGAUUCAUUAGAGACAAAUCCUGUAAACAGAAUUUCUUACAUUGAUGUCCCACCUAAAUCCCAUAGUAACCCUUACGCUACCCCGGUUAUAAAGAAACCCAAUCCCUAUGCUACACUCAAUAAACGCAAUUCACAGUUAAACAUGUCCAAUUUAUCGAACACAAGUUAUUAUAGCAGUGUUCCAGUUCCGGUUGAUAUGGACAACACGUAUACAAAUCUCGUGUCUGUCUCGCAGAAUAGCACAAUGAAAUCAGCGUCAAAAGAAAAUCUGAAACGGCAGUAUGAGAUUCCGUGGGAUUUAAAGAAAGUUAGUGACAGCUAUUCUACAUUGAAUUGUUCCGGAUCUGACUUGACUAUGGGAUAUUUUGCAAAUGGGAGAUUUUACGAUCCAACGCCUCGUCAACAGAGUGCGAAAAUAGAGAAGAAGGCGGAGAUCUAUGCUCCAGUUAGUUCAUACAGCGACAGAAGUAAUCCUCCAAUUUUUUCAACAUUCGCUGGUGGAGUUCCCCGUAAUCAAUCCUUUUCCUCCCAUACUUCGUCCUCAUCCAAAAAGUGUAAAAACAGAAGCUAAAUAUAUCUACAUAUGUGUACUAGCAAGCAGGAUGGAGCAGAAGAGGAAGCUUUUGAUAAUCAAAUACAAGAUGGCGAUGGGUUUCCGUUUCGUCUCAACGAUGCUACUGAUCCUGUAGAAGUCUAGCUGAACAUUCCUCACUUCUGUAUAGAAACAUUCCAAUCUACUUACAUAGAAUCCACUUGUGAAUGCAUUUAUCAAAAUACAUCUAAAUUUUAUUUUUUCUGUUGACAUAUCCUGUUUUUACAUGUAUGAGUAUUUAGACAGUCAAAUGUUUUUAUAUUGAACACUGUGGUGAUAGAAAACAUAUCCUAUUUUUACAUGUACAAGUAUUUAGACAAAUGUUUUUACAUUGAACACUGUGGGGAUAGAAAAUGGUAAAGUAGAUUCUAGAUCACAUAUCAAGCAUUUAAAUUAACUUCACAGCAGUGCCAUUUGUAUUUAAAAAUCUUGUAUGUAAACUGGUUCCAAGAGUGUAAAUUUUAAUUUUGAAACCAGUUGCAAUAUGCAGCCUUGCCAUUGGCUAAUUAAAAAAUUGUGACCAGAAAUAACAUAUCAGAUGCUAGAGUUUUGAGAUUUGUUUUCAAACUUAAGUUUACAGCCUUGGACCCAUGCUCCUUCUCUGACCAGGCUUUGUAUUUAGCAAAAUUUUAAGGCACAGAUGAGAAUAACAAUAUUUUUGUUUGUUCAAAAGCAUUUGCUCAUAAAGUAUAAAGGAAUCAGGCAGUGUUAUAGAAACAGGUCCCUCUGGCUGAGUGAUAACAGUAGUUAAAAUGUGCUUUGUUUGGUUAUGAAAAUUAUUGCCUAUACAAUAGUUUUUCCAUAUAUUUGAAGAAAUCAACAUUUGAUAAAAAUGAUGUACUGUUUAGAUUUUUUAUCUGGUUUUCUUACCAAAGGAUUUAGAACACAAGCAUGUUAAUAUCUGAAAAUACACAUGUAUUGUAUAAAGGAAAAUAGCAAUGUUCAGAUUUAACCCCACCCCAAAAAAAAAUGGAAAUAAAAAAAAUGAUGUCAUAUAGCAGAAUUGAUAAACUCGUGGUGAAUUUUAGUCAUAAAACAUAAUAAGUACCAUUUCAGAGCUUGUUUCUAAGAAGACAUUUGAUAAUUUAGGUACAUACAUACUUCACUGUGAAUAAGCAUUUUUGCUGAAAACGAGAAAGUUCGCAGUCUUUCACAAAUAAAAUCUUUUCUCAUCAUGUUCCCAUUAAAUGUCAGUUUCAUUUUAAUACAAGGCAUUGUUGUAAAUUGCUCUUUGCUGUGAAAUUCAGGGAAGAGAUGAUGCAGUGGUUGUGUUAGUUUUUUUUGUUUUUUUUUUUAAGAAAUUGUUUCAUAUAAAGCACAUAACUGUAAAAUUAGAAGUUUUUGUGAGAGAUUAAUUUUCACUAUGUUCACAAACUAACAAUGUUUGCAAAAAUAAAUACUUACAGAAGUGCUGUUACUGUUACAGAUAGUUCAGUGUAUUUCACCUACAUCACAAAUGUUUUACCUAUGGAACUUGUUCCGAGUAUAGAAAUUAUAAAUUUUCAGCCUCACAAAAAUAGCUGAUUUUACAGUUUGAUCUAUACUUGAUUCCUGUUAUUUAACUUGCUUUAUAAAGCGUUUUACUGUUUGCAAUGUUGUGAUGUUUUUAACUUUUUAAAAGUGUUUGUCUUUUGUGAAAUUUUUAUACAUUUCCUCGCAAAAUUCACACAGAGGAAUUAGCAAAAUAGUUUACUUGCUGUAUUGUUUUCACAUUAAGGAUUCAUCUUCGAAUGAUGGAAAGAUCUUGUUUAACAAAAUUACUACUUUGGCAAAAUUUGUACCUGUAAAAAGUAAUAUGAAACAGAUUUUUUUUUUAAUUUUUGAUUUAGUACUUGAUUUAUUUAAAAAAGUUUGAGAAUGUGGUACUGUAAUUUUGUAACAAUUUAAGCUUUUGUUUAAGUUUUAUUACUGUACUGGUGAUAGUUGAACAGAACAGAGCAGAAUGUAAGGUUUAUUUCUGUUUUAAAAAUUAAUGAUUUUUUUGGGCCCUGAUAGUUUUUAAAUGAUUUUUGCGGUGACCACCAAAAGAAAGCUGUCAGUUACAGAGGAAAGGAACAUCUGCUUUAUAUGCUACUGUAAAAGCAGAAAUAUUCAUGAGGGUUUAUUUUUCACUAUUGAGGACCCUUCGCCUUGCAAGCAUUGAUCUUGUAAAUAUUAUCCAUUAGUAGAUUAACAAAUCAAGACAGUCUUGGCAAUAGAAAACUUUCCUCAGUUGAAAGGGGCUUAAUCCAGGUCUUUAAGUUUUACUGUCUGUAGUAAUCCCAUGCUUGACAGUGGCUUUGGAACUACUUUCUAAUACCAGGCACGUGUCCAGGUGGGGGGCCAUGGGGCCCGGGCCCCCCCAGCUGGCUGGCAAGUUACGAUUUUUAUUACUAUGGGCCCCUCAAUUAACAAAUUUAUACACCAGCACAGCUGGCUUGAUUUGACAGCAAUACACAGGCUAAAGAGCCAUAAAACCGUGUCCAGUAGUGGAAAUUGGCCCCAGGCAUGUCACAGGUAAAAGUUUAUCUGUGCAUGCUUCAUUGAUCGCUUGAUCGGUACUUGAUUGGGUAGUGGAGAAACUAUUAUAAUUAUGUUUUUUACUCUUUUGAAGUGUUAUAAAAUGAUCAGAACAUUGUUGGUUUUGUUAAGUAAAUCUUAAAAUGAAUCUGAAAAUUGAAACAUGAUGGUUGUAUUUUGUUUUUACAUUAAGGCACAUUCCCCAAAUUUAUUAAAUUGAUAGAUAUUUAUCCUAUCUUUUUAUUUUACAACAAUUAUGAAUUUGAAACUACUGUAUCAAUUUUACUCUUUUGGGUCCAAUAACCUUACUUAAAAACUCUCGUAAUUUUAAAAGUAGUUUCUCAGUAAAUCUUACAAAACGCAUCUAAAACUCGUUACUUAUGAGGGGUUUUAUACAUAAAAAUAUCAUUUAAUAUGUGCUGUGAUGUUACAGUUUGUAGUCAAAGAAGUAUAAAAACAUUCGGCCAUUUUGCAAAUAGGAUACCCUUAAUAGUUAGACUAGCCACUAGACUGAUAAUUACGAUAUUUCUAUGAUUUUUUUUCUUUUUUAUGUUCAUAGAGACAAAGGCCAGUCUAUUCUAGAGAUGUUAAAAUUGUAAUAUUGGACAUAGUAUAUAGACUGGCUCAGUUCACUACAUGAAAUCAUAAAAAUGUGAAAAAAUUAUCAUAGUCUAGGAGCUAGUCUACUUAAUAAUCAUCUUAAAACUUCAAUAUUUUUUUCAAUUGGGUAUCAUACAGAAAAAUAAGUCCAUACACUGUGACUGUACAAUCAUACAUACAUUGAAAAGGCUUGAUGAAAUAAUUAAAAAGUAGACUUUUCCUUAAAUAUAUAAUACAUUCAUGCAUCCUUAAAGGUGUUUCAGGUAGCAGGAAAAUGCAUCUUUUCAUGUGCCAUAUUAAAAAAAAAUCGCAGUCGGGAGGGGAUACCCCUCCCGAACCCACCCCAGGUUGGGCCCCCCCAGCAAACAAAUCCUGCACACGGGCCUGAAUACAGUAUACCUACUGAAGAGCAGUGAGAGUUUUUUCGUUUUUUUUUAUGGUAAUAUUACUCAUGUUUAAUGAGAAAUUAUAUUAUUCUGACCCAAAGGUGCCUUGUCUUAUGCAUUUCACAUGUUAUACAUUGUCUAAUAUGAAUUAUUGUCAUGUUUGCAUUUAUUCACAUAUAAUGUGAUGUGCUUACAUUUAAAUAGUGUGAUUCUUGCAGGAUUUUAGAGAGUUUAAUUUUAAUAUGCAUUUAUAGCUAAUCAUAGUAAAAUGGUUGGAAGGCGUGACAGAUAAAUUUUUAGACAUUCCAAAGUGUUUGGCUUCUUGUAAAAUCAUUUUAAUCAGUAAGUUCAUAAAAGUGAUGAGUAACUACUUACGAAUUGUUUGGUCUUCAUUUACGAGUGUUAAGUUGGUUGAAUCCUAAUUACUUGUAAUCACCAUAUCUUCCUAGUUGGUAAUUACAUAGAACACUGGAAUUCGCAGUUUAGUUACCAGUAUACACUAAGAAGGUACAAGGCAUAUCUCUGACAGCAUAUCUGUUGUAUAUAUAUCUUAGAAAAAAGUUUACUUUACGAAAAAAGUGAUUGUUGUUUUAUUUCAAUUUUUAUUAAUAAAAUGUGUUAAUGUAUGAUGUGGGAGUUGGAAGAGAACAGGGAAUUAUGGGAAAAGGAGAUAUGUCAAGUUUUAUAUGGUACUGACAAUUUAGAUAGACAUGUUUGACCUAUUUUUUGUCUUGAUUGUGUUUUACAACUAACAGUUUGUUUCAUUAUUUGGUAGUCUAUAGAGUGCUCUAUAUUUUGUCCUGGAAGGGUUGCAGGAUGGGGAGGGGGGACUGCGAUAAAUUUCUCUGAUAAAAUAAUAAUUAAAAAAUUCUGAGAAAAAAAAAAGAUGCAUCUGUUGUAAUUGUACCCCCGACAACAAAGUUAUAAGGGGGUAUACUGGUUUCAGGUUGUCUGUCUGUCUGUCCGUAGACACAGUCUUGUGCGCACCAUCUCUCCUCAUCCCCUUGACACAAUUUAAUGAAACUUCACACAAGUGAUCAGUAACAACAGUAGUUGAGCAUGGGGCAUGUUAGGUUCUUUCAGAAAAAAAAAUUGCAGAGUUACGGACUUUAUUUUUUGUUACUAUACUAUAUACAUAGACACAAUCUUGUGCGCACCAUCUCUCCUCAUCCCCUUGAUACAAUUUAAUAAAACUUCACACAAGUGAUCAGUAACAAAAGUAGUUGUGCAUGAGGCAUGUUAGGUUUUUUCAGAAAAAAAAUUUGCAGAGUUACGGGACUUUGUUUUUUGUUACUAUACUAUAUACAUAGACACAAUCUUGUGCGCACCAUCUCUCCUCAUCCCCUUGACACAAUUUAAUAAAACUUCACACAAGUGAUCAGUAACAACAGUAGUUGUGCAUGGGGCAUGUUAGGUUGUUUCAGAAAAAAAAUUGCAGAGUUACAGGACUUUGUUUUUUGUUACUAUACUAUAUACAUAGACACAAUCUUGUGCGUACCAUCUCUCCUCAUCCCCUUGAAACAAUUUAAUGAAACUUCACACAAGUGAUCAGUAACAACAGAAGCUGUGCAUGGGGCAUGUUAGGUUGUUUCAGAAAAAAAAUUUGCAGAGUUACGGGACUUUGUUUUUUGUUACUAUACUAUAUACAUAGACACAAUCUUGUGCGCACCAUCUCUCCUCAUCCCCUUGACACAAUUUAAUGAAACUUCACACAAGUGAUCAGUAACAACAGUAGUUGUGCAUGGGGCAUGUUAGGUUCUUUCAACAACAAAAAUUGCAGAGUUAUGGGACUUUGUUUCUUGUUAACAUACUAUGUGCAUACAGUCUGCAUAUGCAAUCUUGUGCGCGCCUAAUCUUCCGAACCCUUGCACACAAUUUAAUGAAACUUCACACAAGUGAUCAGUACCAACCCUAGUUGUGCAUGGUGCAUGUUACGUUCUUUUAGAUAAAUAUUCUGCAUAGUUAUGGGACUUUGUUUUUUGUUACUAUACUGUAUACAUACAGUCUAUAUACAUACAGUCCACAUAAUUAUGCAAUAUUGUGUGCGUCAAAUUGCAAUGUACUGUGUCAGUUCAUGUGGGGGGUACAUUCAUCACCUUUAGUGAUAGCUCUAGUUGUGAGGAUGUUUUUAUAAAGUAAUCCCUUUAUCGCACAAGAAUUAUUUUAACAUUUUUUUUUUAAUUUUAAAAAAGUAACGUAAUAUGUUUGCUUUACUAAUGAACAUAUUUAUAUAGAUAACUCUGAGAAUGUGCCAUUGGUUUUUCUCUUUUUCUUAUCAAAUGAUUAAAACAGCAUUAGUGUAGUAGCCAUCUAAUGUUUUUUACAGCAGAUAUAAAGUGGUAGAUUAAACAACACACAAUAAAAUACACUAUAUGGUACUAUAAUCCAGCAUGGAUUUUUUCAUGACACUACAAAGAAAAUAAACACACGCAGCAUGUUUAACAAAAUCUACUUUCUCCAGCAUUUGCUCUUUAUUACAUCCUUUCAUAUUUCAAAAACAAGCCAUUCUAGAUUGUAAGCAUAAAUGUGCUUUUGCUGUGAAAUAAUGGCAGUGUCAGUAUGUUUUGUCAGAUUUCCGAACUUUAAUGGCAAGAUAUAAUUUCAUUUAUCAUUGGUCUUGUUUUCUUAGUGCAAUGAAAAUUUCCGGCAGAAAUUAAAUGAUACACCUUUUGCAGAAGCAUGUGUGGUAAGCAAUGAAUAGAAGAAUGACAAACCCUUUUUGUACUAGGACUGCUGCACAAACAUAAGCAGUUGCGAUUUCAUAGUUGUAUGAGGUGUCAAAAUUCAGAACACACAAUACAGCCUUACAUAUUCACCUGUACAUGUAGAAACAAACUUACAAGUUUUAAACAUGUAGGUUUACCUGUAGCAAGCAAUUUUAAUCAAAUGUAUUCUAGGGAUUUACUAUAUUUACAUACAUGUAACCACAACCUCUUUAAUGUCUACUGUUCUGGGACUUUUUUAAAAAUUGUAAUUUACUGCAAAUGUUCAAAUGACUGUGUUGCUUUGCUUUGUUAUGCAUUCUUUUUUUCAGUGUGCUUACUAGGUAGUCAUGGACUCUGUCUCAUUGCCUUAAUAUUAAUUUCAAGAUUAGAUGUAUCAUUUGACAUAAUUGUGCAUAAAGAGAAAAGUUUUUUUGUUAAUGGAAGCAUAACCGUCUUGUUUGAAGUCUAACUUCUCAUUUUUAUGCCCCCGAAGGGAGGCAUAUAGUUUUUGAACCGUCUGUCUGUCUGUCGGUCUGUCCGCAAUUUUCGUGUCCGGUCCAUAUCUUUGUCAUCGAUGGAUGGAUUUUCAAAUAACUUGGCAUGAAUGUGUACCACAGUAAGACGACGUGCAGUGCCCAAGACCCAGGUCCAUAGCUCAAAGGUCAAGGUCACACUUAGACGUUAAAGGAUAGUGCAUUGAUGGGCGUGUCCGGUCCAUAUCUUUGUCAUCGAUGGAUGGAUUUUCAAAUAACUUGGCAUGAAUGUGUACCACACUAAGACGACAUGCAGUGCGCAAGACUCAGGUCCGUAGCUCAAAGGUCAAGGUCACACUUAGACGUUAAAGGAUAGUGCAUUGAUGGGCAUGUCCGGUCCAUAUCUUUGUCAUCGAUGGAUGGAUUUUCAAAUAACUUGGCAUUAAUGUGUACCACAGUAAGACAACAUGUCCUGCGCAAGACACAGGUUCGUAGCUCAAAGGUCAAGGUCACACUUAGAUGUUAAAGGAUAGUGCAUUGAUGGGCGUGUCCGGUCCAUAUCUUUGUCAUCGAUGGAUGGAUUUUCAAAUAACUUGGCAUGAAUGUGUACCACAAUAAGACGACGUGUCACACACAAGACCAGGUCCGUAGCUCAAAGGUCAAGGUCACACUUAGACGUUAAAGAUCAUUUUUCAUGAUAGUGCAUUGAUGGGCAUGUCCGGUCCAUAUCUUUGUCAUUCAUGCAUGGAUUUUAAAAUAACUAUGCAUGAAUGUGUGACACAGUAAGACGAUGUGUCGUGCGCAUGACCCAGCUCCGUAGGUCAAAGGUCCUAAACUCUAACAUCGGCCAUAACUAUUCAUUCAAAGUGCCAUCGGGGGCAUGUGUCAUCCUACGGAGACAGCUCUUGUUUUUUUUACAAUAUAUUCAUAUAUGUAGUUAAUGUUGAAAACAAAAAUGAUGGUAUAGUGUAUUGUUACAUAACUUGUUAUAUUAAACACUGGUCCAUAAUUUGUGCUACAUGACCAGGUUAUAUUGAACACACGCUUACUGGUCUCACAAGUCAGAAAUUUGAAAAUAGAACUCUGAAAAUUAAUGUAUGGUGUCAUGUAAUAAAACACAUAUUGAAUGGCAUGCAGUUCAAUAAUCAAUACUAUAAUAUUGACUGUUGGCUGGCAAGCCAGCCAGUAAGUGUAUACCAUAGUCUACCGACAGUUAAGUUUCCAUAGCGAUGAAUGUGUUGAUAGUUUGUAGGUAUAGCUGGUUGAAGGGUAUAUUUUGUGGAGCUAUUUGUCUGCUGUUCUAAUAAUUAGAAAUGCAUAUUAGUUUAUAAUUUUUAGGACAAGAUUUUGAAGUGUUGAAUUAACUUUACUUGUAGUUUUAUUUGAUACCUAUCUAUUUUCUUGUUUAUGGCAUAUAUAAUGCUAAGCAAUUUUUCAUACUGUGCUUGUUCUUGAAUUGCUGUGCUAACAAAACUUGUGUUCAUUUUUACUGCAAUGUCUUCGGCAUAUAUUAAUACUUACAUAAUUUAUCAAGCUCUGUUUCUGUCGGACAAAUAUAUUUUUCAGGUAUGACUAAAAAGGUCAGCAAUAAGAUAGUGUAUUAGUGAAAUAAGGCAAUUUAUAAGGAUUUAAGGUGAUGCAUGUAUUUUCAUUCUGCUUAAAUGUAACAAUUUGCUCAUACAUUUGUAGAUAUUUUUCAUAUUCUCAAUCAGAAACUUUGUAGCUGCAUUUUGAAAAAGAAAUUUGAGGUAAAACAUUGUACUUUUUGUAUCACCAUUUACUAUAUAUCAUCACUUCGCAAAUUGCAAUCAAAAUUUGGUCUCCUAUUUUAGACUCAAACUUUAUGAAUUAAAAUGUCUUAUUUAUAUGUACAA